AUGGUUGGCGUCGGCGGCGUCUCGUGUUCGCUCGCGACCUUCGACGACGAGGUGGAGGUGAAGUUCCGGGGCCAGAGCGCCGACCGCGCGCGGGCGCGGCUCGAGCAGGUGCGGGGGUGCAACGUGCUGCGCGGCACGGGGCGGUACCUGCAGGCCCUGCGCGCCCUGGAGCAGCUCUGCUCGGGCGCGGGGGUGCAGGUGGGCAUCCUGCUCAGCGACGGCGAGCCGACCGAGGUGAUCUGGGAGAAAAGCGCGACCCCGCGUGCAUCGAGCAGGCCCUGA